AUGGGUAAACGAGGGUCAGUUUUAAGUAAAUUUCAAAGCUUUGAUGCAUACGCCAAGACGCUUGAUGAUUUUCGUGUCAAAACAUAUUAUGGAGCAGCAUUGACGAUUAUAAGUGCUAUUUUAAUAUGUAUAUUACUUUGGUCGGAAUUCUCUGAUUAUCGUACACCGGAAAUGAAACCGCAAUUAGUAGUGGAUAAAAGCAGAAAACAGAGACUUGAAAUUAAUAUUAAUAUUACCUUUCCUCACGUACCUUGUUAUUUAUUGAGUGUAGAUGUAAUGGAUAUUGCGGGAGAAACACAAAAUGAUUUGGCCCAUGAUAUUUAUAAAACUAGAAUAGAUGGUGAUGGAAAUCAAAUUCAUGUUGAAAAGGCUCAAGAUUUGGGAGAUCAUACAAAAGAAUUACACAAAAUAUUAAAUGAUACAACAACACAAGAUAGUGAUGAACCUUAUUGUGGUAGUUGUUACGGAGGAGAGGCACCAGAAAGUGGAUGUUGUAAUACAUGUGAGGAAGUAAGGGAGGCAUAUAUUAAAAAAGGGUGGUCAUUUAAUGAUGUUGAUAGCAUUAAUCAGUGUGUAAAAGAAGGGUGGAAAGAAAAGGUGCAAGCUCAAUCAAAAGAGGGUUGUAAUGUAGCAGGUAGCGUAAAAGUAAAUAAAGUUGCUGGUAAUUUUCAUUUAGCUCCUGGUAAAAGUUUUCAACAAAAUAAUAUCCACGUACAUGAUUUACAACCUUUCUUAAGUGAUAGCGUCAAUCAUGAUUUUACUCAUGAAAUACAUCAUUUAAGUUUUGGUCCUAAAGUACAAGGUGUUGUAAAUCCUUUAGAUGGAAUUGGCAGAAUUGUUUCUCAAGUAGUAUCAACACAAUUUCAUUUUUUGAAUCAAACAACAAUAUAUACAAAUCAAUAUUCUGUUACUCAAUAUGAAAGAGAUUUAACUGGCAAAGAUACAAGUGGUCAUGUUCACUCUCAUCAAGGUGGUCUUCCAGGUGUAUUUUUUAAUUAUGACAUCUCUCCAAUGUUAAUCAUAAAUCGGGAAGAAAGAAAAUCUUUUACUCAUUUUUUAACAGGUGUAUGUGCUAUUAUUGGUGGUAUAUUUACUGUUGCCGGUAUACUAGAUGAUGCAAAAUAA